AUGGCAGCUACCCAGCACCUCUGUGACAUCUGUGACCAACGACAUGUUACCAAAUCGUCCACAUUCUGGUGUCCUGAGUGUGAACAAGCAUUUUGUGACGAUUGUAACGCUUACCACGGAUUUUCAAAAUUGUCUAAACAUCACGUGACUGUAUCGAUUCAGGACCAUUUGGUGCUGACUUCGUCUAUUUCACAAACCAGUAAUACGUGCAUGGACCAUAAUGAACAAUACCAAAUGGUUUGCCAAUCUCAAGAUGAACUUCUCUGUCUUAAAUGUAUUGAGAAACAUGAUGGAUGCAAAGGUAUAAUACCCCUAAAUAAGGUUAUAGAAGACGUGAAAAAGUCGUCACUUUUCCAGGAAACACAACACAGUUUGAAAGAUAUAAAUGGUAAUAUAAAAGCUCUGCGGAGUGAACUUAAUAAACAACAAAGAAGUAUCAAUCAGCAAGAAGAGACAAUAAUUGCCCAGAUCAGCGACACCAGGAACAAGAUAAAUGCCCACUUAGAUAAGUUGGAAAAGAAGAUCAGAAAUGAAGUUGCUGAUGUAACAGCAAAAUUGAAUUAUGAUAAGAACCAAACACUUCAGAUCCUAGAAAGCAAGAAUGGUAACACUACAAAUGCUGAACAACAAAUAAAGGAUCUUGAAAUGUACGCGACCGACAUUCAAACGUACUUAGGAUUUCGGCAUAUCUCGGCAGAAGCUGCUGCUACCGAGUCGUACUUGAAGUCGAUUGUUGGAGAUAAUAGCAUCGAUGAAAUAACUUUACUGUUCAAAAUCGAUAUCAAAAUGGACAAUAUAAUCGAUGAUGUCCCCGUAUUUGGGUCGAUAAAGGCACAGAAGUCGCCAUUUCAAUUUCCCUUCGUCACAUACAAAAACAAGCAAGCUCAACUAGUAGGAACUAGACUAAAAUCUAUCGCUGACAUCAAACUAAGGCUUGUGAAAACUAUUGAAACAGAACUUUUCGACAUUAAAGGCAUCGUUGUUCUUCCAAGCGGAAACAUUGCCUUAACUGAUUACAGUAGCGGAAAUAUAGUCGUAUUCAGUAUCGAUUGGAAAAGACUUAGUACAGGCUCUUUCAAAUCGGCUUUUCCAGUAGAUGUUACAUAUAUUGAUCAUAAAACUGUAGUUGCAACGUCAAGUACAAAAACAAGCAAAGGUGUAAAUAUCAUAUAUAUUGAUUCAGAGGAAGUAAUAAAGUUCAUUCCAACAAACCCUCUGUGCCAUGGAAUAACACACCACAAUGAUGGGUCAUUGGUCUUUGUGCAUCUGCCAUGGGUAUAUUCAAAAUUAAACCUCAGGACGGAACAAGUUUUGCGAUUGUUACGUCUGAAUUACCUUCAUGGUCAUAUAUUGAAAUGUUUGAUAAUAAAAUCUAUUAUACAAACCAACAAACUGAAUCCGUGA